GAUCUUCACUAUGGUUGCGGAUGUAUCAAACCGGAAGAAAAACAGAAGUUGUGAAAUGACAUCGAAAAUUCACGGAGUUAUGAUUUAAACACGGUAUUUUAGUCGUCUUUUUUUACUACUGAAAACUGGGCAUACAGAACAUCGUUGACAUGGCAGGAAAGCAACGGGAACUACCGUCUUGGAUGGCACGGAAGGAUGAGGACAGAGUGAAAGAGAAGGAGACACUGAAGAGGGUAACUUCAGCCAAGAGAACAAGGAGGAAACGAUUUGAAAGGUGGGCAGUGUGGUUUCAUCCACUAUCUCUGUUUCAACUAAGGACAAAGUAACCUGAUAUUGUUGAGAUAUUAAAUGUAUAAAAUAGGGGGGCAGUGCCCUUACGAAAAACAUUGCAGUAUAACUGCAAUACACUGUACUGCAGUUAUAUACUGCGUCCCAAAUACGUUUUACUGCAGUAAUUUUGCAGUGUAACUGCAGUUAUUCUGAAAAAUACCACGGUCAACUGCAGUUAGUGCACUUUUACAGCAGUUUCAAAACUGCAAUCGUUUUCUGUAAGAGUGUGGUUCCACUAACUUUUCUAUUUUUCAACUAAAAGUAACCUGAUUCCAUAUUAUUGGCCAUAUGGCUAAAUGAAAAUUAUUCAUUUUCUGCACAUAGGACUCAAUUUUCCCUCUCUUGCUGUUUGUUCAGAGUGGCUUUCUACUGCAUGAAUGAAAAGGAGCUGGUGGAGGCAGCUGUCAGUUAUUUGAAUGAUUUUGGAGGUGGAGAAGAUGGAGUUAGUCAUGAUGACAAACAGGUGAUGAUCCAUAGACUGGGUGAUGAUCCACCCAGGAGUGUGGGGGGGAUGCAGCUAGCUAGCUUAGACUUGUAAAGUUUCACCACAGUAUGAAAGUAUGAAAGACCUCUAGUGGGGAACCCCCAGAUUUUAUUUGAUAUAUUCCAGAGCUAGCACACCUGAUUCAACUAGUCAGGUAAUCAUCAAGCCCUUGACUAGGUGAAUCAGGUGAGCUAGUUCAGGGAUACAACAAAAUUGUGAAACGUCUGGUGGAGAGGUUUGAGAAUCACUUCUAGUGGAUAUAACUGAGCUAUUUCUGUCUGCUUUAUCCAAUUCACCAUGUAUAUUGCAUUCAUUCCUACAGGUCAAGAGUAGUGUGGUGGGCUGCUCUGUGAAUGCAAAAAACAACUGUGUCAAGGAGAAGAGGAGGAGGCUGUCUGAGUUGGACGUGGUGGAGAAGUCCUCAGACUCUGAUGCCCAGGAGAGGACGUACGUCUCAGAAACAGACCUCGACGUAGCCGAGGAGGAGACUCUACUGUACGCUCAAAACAACAACACUCACAAUAACAAUACAGAGCAGGGACCUGAGGGUCAGAGUUCUGGACCAGGUCGAGGUCACGGUCACGACGAUGCUGAUGGUCCAGGGGAUUUGGCUCAGGAUGUUGAAGGAGCAGAGGACCACUCACGGUCACAGUCUCCCACAGCAGACGAUGAUGCCCUCCGGCUUGUACGGGAGAUAUUCUUCACCUGAUGAUAAACCACGGAACACUUUGAACUUUAAGACGCUUUCCUUACAUACUGAGAUGGGGGGUACACAGUGGGGUCAUAUAGACUAAAGUAUCUUAAAAAUAGUCGAUGGGGGCAAAUGGGACCCAUGACAUGAAUGAUUUCCUUCUCUGCUAAUAGUGGGUUCUUGGUAUAUGUUAGUAAAUACACUACCAGUCAAAAGUUUGGACACAC